AUGAUCGAUGGAACAUCAGGCAGUAGCAAUAAUAAUAAUAAUGAUAAUAAUUUGGACAAGGAUGGAAGUAUUUGUGAUAAUGAAGGAAGCAGUGAAUUAAUCCAGUGUAAACCUGACAAAAUUUUUCCACUUGAUAAUGAGAAAGAAGAAGAUUUACAUUAUCCAAUAACAACUUAUCACUACUCGGUGAGUAAUAAUGCUCGAUAUGUAUAUGUUAUCGGUGAAGAAUCUAAUGAAACAAACUCGCAACUAUUUGUUUGGGAUUUACACCGCGGAACAUCACGACGUUAUACGUUAAUAAAUUUACCGCUUGCAGCGCAAUUAAAGCAUUUAUACGAGAUUAAUUCUCAAGAUGGAAUGCUUCUAAGUCGUAAUUUGCAGUGCUUUUUUGUGCAUCUAAUUCAAUUUAAUCAUUCAAAGCAGUUAAUUGAAGUUCAUGAUGUACUGUAUCGUCAACAUAUCAAUCAUUCACAUUUUUGGAGUUCUGCAAGAAUUUCAUCUGGUCAAGGAAUAAUAUUCAUGUCACAGCACAAUAUUUCUCGAAAUUUUUUCAUUGCUAAAGUCAUUCCAAAUGCACCAGUACAAUCAGUUUUUCUUACUGCGCAAAUGGCUGGAUUACAUUUUUGUGGUCAGCCUUGGGUACAUGGAGAUUUUAUGUAUUUAUUCGAGAGUACAUCUUCAAUUAAUUUUGCUGAAAUAAAAUAUCUUACUGGUCGACUUGUACGAGCUAAUUUAACAACGGGUGAACUGGAAAUGAUUCAUACGAAAGCUACUGGUUUUAUUAAAGAUAGCUUGCCAUCAAUGAAGGAAGAUAUUAAUUUACUAUUAGAAGAUGAAAAUGCUAAUAUCCCAUUUUCUUUGCGAGAAAUGGAACACACUACGAUUAUUAGACGUGUUAAACACGUUGAACGUAGUGGAUGGCUUUGGAUUAUUGCUGAAUUUAUGGAUUCUUUUAGCACAUAUAAUAGUAUUAAUAGUCAUUGUGAG